AUGCCAACUGGGAGUGAAGAAGUCAAUCACUUGUCGGCGUUGGAUCAGUUUGUGGCACCAGGAUUACGGUUAUGGAUGCUCAUCGCGUUGGUUGGAGGAGUUUUACUUAUAAUGAUUGUCAUCGUUUGUUGCUUCAUGAGAAUUCGAAUUCCGAGAACAAAACGACAAAUCGAUUUGAUUGCAGCCAAGAGGAAGUUAAGGAAAAGUAAUAAAGCAUCAAGUGAAGGGAAUGCGCAUAAUGACGAACGUGCUCAAGCAAUCGUAAUGAACUCUAUGCCAUCUGGUGGUGGUCAGAGUACAAGUAGUUCUCGUCACACUGGCUCGCGGAUCCAAUCACAAGUUUGA